AUGGAGUCGACUGCUCUGAAUGGAAGAAUGGCCGGAUGGCAAAUUCUGCUGUCUGAAUUUGAUAUAGUCUAUGUGAACCAGAAAGUAGUAAAAGGGAGUGCAAUAACAGACUUUCUGGCCAGUAGAGCACUGGAAGAUUAUGAGCCACUAAACUUCGAUUUCCCGAAUGAGGAUUUGAUGUAUGUUGCAACCGCAGAAAAAGACUUUCAAGAAGACGGUCCUUGGAAGCUUAAUUUUGAAGGAGCCUCGAAUGUUGUAGGCAAUGGGAUUGGGGCAGUCUUGGUAUCUCUCGAUGGUGAUCAUUACCCAUUCACUAGCAAAUUAGAUUUUGAUUGCACAAAUAAUAUGGCGAAGUAUGAAGUAUGCAUCAUGGAAAUUCGUGCAACUAUUGAACGAAAAAUCAAAGUGUUAGAAGUGUAUGGGGAUUCUGCAUUGGAGUUUGAUGAUAUUACCUUCUGUUAUCUCCCACGAGAUGAAAAUCAAAUGGCCGACGCAUUGGCUACAUUAGCCUCUAUGAUCAAGGUAAAUAAACAAGAGGAUAUGAAGCCUAUCCAAAUGAGCAUUUAUGAGGCUCCAACCCAUUGUUACAAUAUUGAUGAUGAUGAAGAAAAGGAUGAUCACCCCUGGUAUCCCGACAUACUGCGAUAUGUAAAGAAUCACGAAUAUCCCGGCCAGAGGCCAGACAAAUCUUGGAAGAGGUCUAUGAGGGAGUUUGUGGAACGCAUGCUAAUGGCUUCACAAUGGCCAAACAAAUCAUGA